GCGACGGCGGCGGGAGGGCCCGGGGGCCGCUCCGGGCCGGGCCGUGCCAGGCCGCCCAUGGAGUCUCUCGUAGACUGAUGCCGAGGAGCCGAUCCGGUGCCGCUGACUCCAUCUGGCCUCGGCUAUGGACAUCGUCCUGUCGGAUUUUGUCCGCUCAACAGGGGCAGAGCCGGGGCUGGCCAGAGACCUCCUUGAAGGCAAGAACUGGGACCUGAGUGCGGCGCUGAGCGACUUCGAGCAGCUCCGGCAGGUGCACGCUGGGAACCUCCCGCACUCCUUCAACGAGGGCCGCGGGGCCCGGCCCCCGGAGCGGGAGGUGGCGCGGCCGGGGAGGCCCCCGCUGCAGCGCCAGGAUGACAUCGUGCAAGAGAAGCGCCUGUCCCGAGGCAUCUCCCAUGCCAGCUCCACCAUCGUGUCCCUGGCCCGUUCCCAUGUCUCCAGCAAUGGCAGCAGCAGCGAACACCUGCUGGAGAUGCCCAUCUGUACCUUCCAGCUGCCCGACCUCACCGUGUACUCCGAGGAUUUCCGCAGCUUCAUCGAACGGGAUCUUAUUGAGCAGUCCAUGCUGGUAGCACUGGAGCAGGCUGGGCGUCUCAACUGGUGGGUGACGGUGGAUCCAAGCUGCCAGCGGUUGCUGCCCCUGGCCACCACUGGCGAUGGGAAUUGCUUGCUCCAUGCUGCCUCCCUGGGUAUGUGGGGCUUCCAUGACCGGGAUCUCAUGCUCCGGAAGUCCCUCUACACCCUGAUGGACAAGGGAGUGGAGCGGGAAGCGCUGAGGCGGAGAUGGCGCUGGCAGCAGACGCAGCAGAACAAGGAGUCUGGCCUGGUUUACACGGAGGAGGAGUGGCAGAAGGAGUGGAAUGAGCUGAUCAAAUUGGCAUCCAGUGAGCCCCGCGUGCACUACGGCACCAACGGCGGCAGCUGCAGCGGGGUGGAGAGCUCAGAGGAGCCUGUGUACGAGAGCCUGGAGGAGUUCCACGUCUUUGUCCUGGCCCAUGUGCUAAAGAGACCCAUCGUGGUGGUGGCAGACACGAUGCUGCGGGACUCGGGCGGCGAAGCAUUCGCCCCAAUUCCCUUUGGGGGGAUCUAUCUGCCCCUGGAAGUCCCAGCCAACAAAUGCCACCGGUCUCCGUUGGUUCUGGCUUAUGACCAAGCCCAUUUUUCUGCCCUGGUCUCCAUGGAGCAGAAGGAAAACACAAAGGAUCAAGCUGUGAUCCCCCUGACAGACUCUGAGCACAAGCUGCUCCCUGUGCACUUCGCCGUGGAUCCCGGGAAGGAGUGGCAGUGGGGGAAGGACGACAGUGACAAUGUCAAGCUGGCCAGCGUGACGCUGUCGCUGGAAGCCAAACUGCACCUGCUGCACAGCUACAUGAAUGUCCGAUGGAUCACGUUGCCUUGUGACAUGCAGGCACCUCUGGCUCAGCCAGAAUCCCCCACGGCCUCCGCAGGUGAUGACCCUCGCUCGGCAGCAGAGUCAGGCGAGUCGGACAAGGAGUCGGUGUGCAGCAGCUCUGCCAGCAACGGGGGCACCAGGGCGGGCAAGGACAGGGAGAAACCAAAGAAAGAGCGGGAGAAGGAGAAGGAUAAAAAACGGGCAGACUCGGUAGCCAACAAGCUGGGAAGCUUCGGGAAGACUCUGGGCAGCAAACUAAAAAAGAACAUGGGGGGCCUAAUGCACAGCAAAGCUGUGAAGGGCAGCAUGAGCAAUGGGCAGGGAGACACCCUGGAGAAGAAGAAGAAAGGAUCUCUGAAGACACGGAAAGACAGCAAAGAGGAAUGUUCCCCAGGAGACUUAGCUCCUGCAGAGAAAACGUGUCCAGGUAAAGCAGCCCUGGAGAAGCCGUCAGAUCCCUACAAGUACAGCAGUGACGUGCGGCUGAGCCUGAGCAUCCUGCGCGCGGCCAUGCAGGGCGAGCGCAAGUUCAUCUUCGCCAGCCACCUCAAGACCAGCAGCCGGCACCAGUUCCAGGAGGAGAUGAUCCAGAGGUACCUCCUGGAUGCUGAGGAACGUUUCCUGGCAGAGCAGCGGCAGAAGGAGGCGGAGAAGAAGGCUCUGGGCAGCGCUGCCCCGGCCAAGAGGCCAGAAGGGGAGGUGGGUGCCCAGCGGAGCGAGGAGGUGAUGCCAAGCCCCGUGUUCUCCCAGCCACCCCCCACCUACCCUCCCCAGCCCCUGGAGCCAGCCGUGGCUGCUAAAAUAGCCGCUUUUCCCGCCGGCUAUUCCGGCGUUUUCACCUUCCCCAGGCCCUCCAUGGGCAGUGCUGAGGGGCUGCACCCACCCAGCUGCCCUGAGGGCCGGCGGCAGCUGGCGGGGGGGCCCUGUGGGAGCCUCCCCCCCUAUGCCACCCUGCCCCGGCACCACCAGGGCCGGCUCGGCCCCUGUCCCCCCGGCCCUGCCCACCUGGGCCGGCUCUCCCCCACGGACAUGGACACCCAGCCUCCCUUCCCUGCGGAGUGCGAGGGCUCCGGCUGCCUCCCCCCGCACAGCAACGGCUGCCGGGAGUUCCUCCAGCAGGACAAGGCAGGAACAGCAGAUAAAAUGAGAAGCCAAGCCCUCUACAACAUCCAGCAGACCAAGUGCAAACAGCCCAACUGCAGCUUUUAUGGACACCCAGAGACUGGGAAUUUCUGUUCCUGCUGUUACAAGGAGGAGCUGCGGCGCAGGGAACGGGAGGCGCUGGUGCACAGGUUCUGAUGCUCCCCCUGUGCGGAUCCGGACCCCUGGAAUGUGGGGGAUGCGAUAACAGAGAUCCAGUUUGGUUUUACACCCACCCACGCUCCUCUCCCACUCUGCAGGAGGUGGGAGCAGGCGUUCGGCCAGAUGGGCGUGGGGCUGGUGGGAUUGACGGGGGGCAGGAGGGAGAGAGGGGGGAAACCAGCCCCUGCUUUCCCAGAGCCCCUGCGAGGGAGGAGGAGGAGGAGGAGGAGGAUUCCCAGGGGUGCCUGGGGACAGUGGGGGCUGCUCGGGUCGGAGCACAGGGUGAGAGGGGAGAAUUCCUCAAAAACUCAAUAAAGCAGACCAAAGCUUUGGGAGUGGGCAGGGGGAGCAGCUCCCACCGGGUCCUUCCCGCUUCCUGACCACCUGGGACGGAGCAAAAAUGCCCCAUUUUGAGCGUCACAAACCUUUUAAUGGAAUUUUUUAACACUGGUUUUAUUCUGUAUUUCUUCUUGCUGGUACUGAGCGACACCGUGUUGGAGUUGGACAUUGGUGAGGUGAGGUGGGAUGACUCCGAGCACCAGGAUGGGCUCAGGGCUCUGUCCCCCCCUCUCCUACGGAUGAGCUCAAGUCUGGUUUUAAAAUGUUGUUUUUAAACCCUUUCUGAGGCGGGGGGAGCCAGGGGAUUGGAGGUUUCUCUUCCUGUGCAGAACCCCCAGCCCACAGGAGAGCUGAGGUGAGAUCCUGGGUCAGCAUCUCCUGCCAGGAAUUCCCAGUGGUGUGGGGCAAAUCCCCCAGGAAUACCCACUGGGAAGGGGUCCCAGAGCACCCCCAGUCCCGGGGUGGAGCCGGGGGGUCACAGCCCCAUGUAACUCCUACUUGAGCACAGCUACUCUGUACUACCUCUGAUCCUGAUUAACUCGGCUCCGUUGUGCUGAGCCACCAACUGACCUUUAGGCUGCGGAAUUAAUCCAUAUUUUUGAUAACAGGGCUAAAAAGCAGAACAAUAAGGUAAAAUCCUCCUGUGACUAACGUCCCGCGCCAUUCCUGACCCCAUCCCAGCUCCCUGGCUCCCAGGGUGGGAUUCACUUUAGCACUGCGAUGUUUGCACAGAAUUCCUUGGGUUUUUUGGUAACUGCAGCUUCCAAACUGGGCCUGAUCCUGCACAGAGUGAGGUGCAGCAUUUCCUAUCACAUGGAAAUAAAACAGGAGUUAUAUUCUUCAGCCAGAGCUUUACAACAUUCCCUUGAUUUUAUUUUUGGGUUGAUUUUCCAGAAGGCAUCAAGCUCUGCAACCCCUUCCUGCCCAUGGCCAUAUCCAGGAGAAGGGAUGGGGGCCUGGGCGGAGGAGCUGGAAGUGUGCUGAGCUCGGGGGAUCACCCGGUGCCUUACACUUGGCCCUAAAAAUGUUAAUUUAGACCUAAACCCCCCUGAAUUAAGGCCUUUCCUACACCUAAAUGCCCCCAAAUAAGGCCUUUCCUAGUGGGAUCCUAACACUUUGAGACCAGCCAGCAAUGCUCCUUGUCUGCAGAUUUUUACAUCCAAAUUUCAGACACCCCAGGGAUGGUUUGACUCCAGUGUGAGUUGUUUUCCCUGGUUUUAUAAAAUCCCUGAGCAUGGCUGAAGCUGUGGGAAGGGGAGGGUGUGACACCCACUCUAGCUGGCUCCUUACCUCCAAACAAAUUCCACAUUUCUCCCUCAAACUGCAGGAAUUCCAAUGGACUUCAACCCCAGGGCAAGGGACAUGCAGUACUGGUUAAGUGGCACAGGCUCUGCCCCUACUUGGUUCACCCUAAAUUUUAAGCUGAAAUGGUUAAAACCCACCCCAAACCCUACACUGUUUAUGGGAACUUGGUUUAAAUUCCGGUUUUUGAUGUUUAUUUUUCCCAAAAUCGGAGCAGCAGCUUUAUUUUGGCAUCCUGGAAGCAGCGGGAGCAGGGAUGCCCCAGGGCACGGGAGGGAAGGCGGGAGGUGCUUCAUCACUUGUUCCUUGGGUUUUGGGGAAGUUUCUCUCCUGUUUGGUUAGCUCCAUCCCAGUGGAUGCUGGGCUUGGGUGGGGAUGGGAAGCCCCCAGAAUUCCUCGCUGAUUUGGUGGGGAGGAGAGAGAGGGAGAAGGCAGAAAACCUGUAGGAAAAGCACCAGUCCUGGAAGGGAAACUCAAAAACUGGAGAAGCACCAAACCUGCCCCCAGGAGGGAUUUUUCCCUGGAGAUGGGGAGACUGUGGUGUGACCCCAAGGUCAAACUAAGUGCACUUACUGGUUGCUGCCAUCGGAUCCUGGUGGAGGAAAACUUUGUCUAUCAGCGUGUGUAAAACCCAUUAAUGAGAUUUGAUUUGAUUUUAUUAGAUUCACCUUCGCCAUUCCCCAGCCUCUUGGCAGGGGAGGCUGGGGCACCUUUGGAUCUCACUAACAUGACACUGAGUGAAUUAAUUAUGCAGUGGUUUAUUCAACCCCCCCCCCCUUUUUUUUUAAAUUAAUUCCAGAUUAAUUGGUGGUAUUUGGCCUCCUGAUGAACAGGGCCAGAGCGUUGCACUUGGGCUGUACCUGUGGCCUCAUUGUGGCACCACAGACUCUGACAAUAAAAACCUUCAGCAGAUGCA